GAUAAAGUACAAACUAUCAAAUGUCUGUCACUCCAAAAUCACCAGAUUGAUAAAUUUAAUUUCACAUAUUUUAUCAAAUAACUGUCAAUGAGCAGCAACUCUCCUUUAAGCACGACGAUUUCGGAAGCUGUUGAUGUAGCAGAGUAUAUUUCAAUAAUUUGGGGCGUUUUAGUUGACGCAUUUCUCUCUUUUCGACUGGAACAAUACGAUGUUCAGAGUAAGUUGUUAGUUUUCCUAACAGUCUGGCUGAUUUUCAACCUGCUUCUGAUCACUAUUGCCUGGAGACAUUACGGACAGAAGAUCUUUGAGAAACUUCAUCGUUAGAAGAUUUAGUUUACUGUAACAGAUCAUGUCAGCUAUAAAGAAAUUUUUCCAAAAGAAGAAGUUAGAUGUCAAGUUUAAGAAGGCUGGGGAGGGACAUAAACUGACAGAUGAUACCAGAUCUGCCCCCUCUACAUCCCGGCCCCAGUCCGUUCAGACCCCAAGGUCAGGGCCAUCUGAGGAGGCAGCCCGGGCAGCGGAGGCGGCCUUGAUGAGGACAACUAAAAACCAAACCAAAUCAGACCCAAAUUACAUUGCUAAAGCCAGAAUGAAGAGGGAGAUGGAGGAGGAGAAGAAAGCUGCUGAGCAAGCGAUGAAGCAAGCUAGCCAGUACAGAGAGGAACCAAAGGAAAUUGUCAAGGACUCAGCCCCUGUUCUCAGCUGUAUACUCUACACCUGUCCUGAUAUAGGACCUGCAGUGUUGCCAAAAGAGGAGAUGAAUAAAUACAUCCAUGAAUUUUUACUGUCUCAGCUAGCAGAGGAGCCAGCUAUGGCAUCAGCCCUAAUGAUCCAAACAUUAAACAAGGACAAAGAGAAAGUGAAAGUAUGUGUAGAAACUCUGACAAAGUAUCUUGACAAUCUCAUUAAUAACCCAUCCGAAGAAAAGUUCCGCAAGAUAAGACUGUCCAACAAAGCCUUCAUAGAGAGAGUGAAAAAUCUGGCUGGAACAGAUGAAUUCUUACAAGCUGUUGGCUUUACAAUAAGGAAACUGCCAUUUGAGGAUGGAGAGACUGAUUUUUAUGUGAUAGAUGAGGAGGUAGCAAAAGACUCUAGUCGUCUCGAAAACUUAAAGGAAAUUCUUCUGACAGCCGAGCCGAUCAAGCCACAACUUGAUAGGAAUUUAAAGGUCUACCAUCCGUCACCUUCAGCAAGCAGAUUUAACAUUCCUGAUGAGUUUUACAACAUUUCCCCAGCUGAGCUCAAGCGAGAACAACAAGCACGCCAGGAAGCGACAGAAAAACUAGGAAUGUUGCGUACGAAGGCAAUGCGGGAAAGGGAUGAGAGAAGAGAACUCACCAAGUAUCGCUUUGUCCUAAUCAGAGUCCGUUUUCAUGAUGUGCUUUUGGAGGGCACUUUUAAAGCUAAUGAACCCUUUUCCUGUUUAGUGGAUUUUGUGAGAGAGAACUUAGAACAUGACUGGAUUCCAUUUCACUUGAGUUCGUCAGGUGGUCAAAAACUGACAGACCACUCUUUGACAUUUGCGGAGUUGGGCCUGGCCCCCGCCGCCGUGGUUAACUUCUCCUGGGACAAGGAGGUCAUGGAAGAGGUCAAAGCCCAGCAGGGGGACAAGGGAAGCAACUCAUCAUUAAAACAAGAGCUUAUGGCAAGAAUUCAAGACUUGUGAUGUUUCAGAACGUAUACAAAUUAUGUACCCAAGUAGAAGAAGCAUUUAUUUCGGAGAAUAAAAGUAGUUUUUUUUAUCAUGUUUAUACUGUCGAAAAUUUGAGAAGGAUUGAAACUUUGCUUGGAUUUGUAUUUUAACACUUGAAAGUGUUUUAAUUAAUACAUAUUAUAAGAACAUUUCUGUAAUAGUUAAAUGAUAUAAUUGGUUCAUUUCUUGUACAUAUAGCUCUGGAAAGCUGAUAAUCUUUGAAAAACUUCCUUUUGCAUGUUAUUACUGGUCACUUUUUUUUUUUUUUUUGAACAUGGAAGUCUCAACUAAAGUAUAUAAGCUAGUCAGAUGUGAUGUUUAAAUACAUGUAUAUUUAAUUCAUUGAAGCAUAAUAUUGCAGCAAUUCAUAACCAUGUAAAAGAGAAUUAUUAUGAAGAACACAGAUAAUAAAGUAAUCAGUGCUUGAUCCUUAUUAAACUUUAUUAAAAUGAUUGAUUAUCCCUGAAAUGCAUGCACCAUUAAGACAAAAUUGUUCAUUAUUUUUUUCUUUAAUUUCUGUAAAGUGAUAGUGAUAGAAUUUCUUUUACGGUUUAGAAGAUAUAAAUUUCAAACAUGGUGAUUCUUAGUAGGUCUGUACUUGUUUAUGAAUAAAUUUUGUUAA